AGUGACGACGAAAGAAGUUGAAUCUAUCGAGAGGCAAAAUAAAAAAUCCAAGCUUUUCUAGGGUUUUACAGAUCUGCGAUUAUCAAUCACUGUUCCGGUUGGGUUGAAAUGACGAGAAAAAAAGCCACCGUCGUCUUGCCGCAACCGAUUCGUCGUUCAGCGAGGCUAAUCUCUAUGCAGAAUCGAGAUAGUCAAGUGAAACCCAAGAAAGAUCUGGGCUUUUUCUCGGAGCCGCCGAAGAAAACUCGCCGGGAAGUUCUUAAUGAAGUAUCCAAGAAAUUAGUGUACUCACUCGAUAGUCCAAUGGGAGAUUCGAGUUCGAAACAAUCUCCGGGAUUGAAGAUUUCGACUGAUGGGUUUCCUUCUCUGAGACGGUCUCUUAGGCUUUCAAGUAGGGAAUGUUCCGGUGACAUAAAAGAGAAGUCUGCAUUGACCUCAUCUUCUUCUCGCACGAAAUCGACGACCACCACUGUUUCGUCUUCUUGUGUUCUGAGACGGUCUCCUAGGUUUUUGAGUGGAGGAGGAUCUGUGAAUCAAUCUUCUUCUUCUUCCACUGGGAGGAAAUCAGGUAAUAGUGUUUUGAGUAGAUGUAAAUCUGUUUCAUCUGAGAACGGUAAAGGUGGAGAUGGUGUCAAAUCUAAGGAUAGAAGUAGAAGUCGUCUUCGUCCUAAGACUAAGCAGUUGUUUAAAGGUUGUGAUGAUGAUAGUGAAGAAGAAGAAGAAGAAGAAGAAGAAGAAGUUAGUGUCUGUUUUCUUAGUCAGAGGAAAAGGAUGAGAAUUACAAAGCCUAAUGAGAACGAAAAUGCUGUGCCAGAAGCUGAUGAAGUGAAGAGAACGGGUAAGCAGAAAGAAGAAGGAUUGAAGACAAAGAAGAAGCAUGAGACAGGGAAAGGUGUUUUGAGUAGAUGUAUUACGAAAUCUGUUUCAUCUGAGAAAGGUAAAGGUGGAGAUGGAGUCAAAUCUAAGGAUAGAAGUAGAAGUCGUCUUCGUCCUCGGACUAAGCAGUUGUUUAAAGGUUGUAAUGAUAAUGAAGAAGAAGAAGAAGAAGAAGAAGAAGAAGAAGAAGAAGAAGAAGAAGAAGAAGAAGAAGAAGAAGAAGAAGAAGAAGUUAGUGUCUGUCUUAGUCAGAGGAAAAGGAAGAGAAUUACAAAGCCGAAUAAGGACGAAAAUGCUGUGCCAAAAGCUGAUGAAGUGAAGAGAAUGGGUAAGGAGGAAGAAGAAGAAGAAGAAGGAGGAUUGAAAACAAGGAAGAAGCAUGAGACAGGUGGAUGGACAGAGGAGCUGGAGUUAGCUUUACAGGGAGCUUAUUUGACAGUGAAGCCGAGUCCUCAUUUCUGGAAAAAAGUUGCUAAGAUGGUACCUGGAAAAACUGCUCAGGAAUGUUUUGAUAGAGUGAACUCAGCUUUGAUCACUCCUCGUCAACAUCAGCCUCGAAGAUCCAGGAAAGCAAACUUAUCCACGAUUCCGCAGUUUUCACUCUCUGCAAGCAAACUACUGAAACCUAAUUCACCAAAGACUAAGGUACGACAGCGCAGAAACAAUCUCUCAAAGAAGACGGUCAGGCAUCUAUUGGAGAAGCAAAGUCAUAUGGAUCAAGGUAGUGGAUUUGAUCUCUUCUCAGUUCUUGAGCCUACCAUCUCACGGAACUUUCUCUCAACUCCAAUAGAGAAAAGGCAAAGUCUUCCGAAAAUCCUGGAAAGUCCAGUGCCUUGUUCAAGUAAAGACCAAACAACUCUCGUCAGUCCUCCAGUCCUGAAACAAGUCAAAAACAAGGCAUUGCAUGAGAGGUACAUUGAUCAUCUGCAUCUCAGGGAAGCUAAAAGAAAAGCAGAGUCUACUCGAUUUGCCGGGAAAGAGAACAGAAGACCUAAUGAAAUUCAGAAGAAGGAUUCGGUUAAAGCAGCUAAAGAUGCCCUUUUGUUUGAUGUUCAAGAGGCAAUCCAGAAGCUCAAGGGUCUGGAAGCUGAGAACUCAUCUAGUUCUUCAGAGUUUUGCUAUGACCAUGCUGAAACUGACGAAGAAGAUUAAUCAGUCUAGUUUCUAAGUUUCUAACCAGAUAUGUUUGAUUGUACUAGGGCACAGAGCGUAGAGAUUAGAGUAAGGCAUUACUGUGAACCUUUGUUUUGUAACCAUGAGAGUGAAAACUACUUGUUUUGUGUGAAUUUAGUUUAGCCAGAUGUUGUAUAAACAAAUAAAAUUGAUGUUCUUUUCUA